UUCUUAAACAAAUUUAAAGGCGCAUGCUCAAACAGAUUUUUGUGGUCCCGCCACGAAUUGGAUUUUUACGAAAUAAAUUCUUUUUUUUCAAGUUUCUCACAAAUAUCCUUGAUUUUCCCCAGUUUUUAUCGGGAAAAAGCGAAUAAUAAUGAGUUCUGGAGAUCAAAAAGUCAAGGAAAUGUUUAUUGAACAGGGACUCCACGUGGAUUGGCUCGUACGUGCUCACACCGUUAAUUCGAUUGAAGGACUUGUCUACUUGUCAGAGCAACGUCAUAAAUGGGCUGAAGCGGAUCAAAAAGUUAUUUUCAGAAUUUUACAGGACUACAAAAACUCGGACGGUGAGCUGCUCCCAGAGCACAAUCCAGCGGCUCCAAUAAAUCGAAAACGUGGCACACUCAAAACAGAGCUGGAAACAUUUUACGAUGUUCCGCAAGUCCGAACUCUGACCUGUGAGCUGCUGGAUAUGGUGAAAGAAGAGCCAUCGAUUUGGGAUAAGAUCAGAUGUGUCGAUUUUGGAUGUCAUCAGCGGAUGCGGCAGGCAUGGUGCAGUAUUUCGUUGAAGCUCGGCGGCUGGGGAGCCAUUCAGCACGUGCAUAUGUUGAAGCAGUUGUACAGGAAGAAGAGGGAUUUGUAUAAUGUCCAAUAUUUGAGAAGUGGCCGGGAGUUUGAAUAUUGCGAAAAACUGAGUUUUCUGAAAGAUGUACUGGAAAUGGCGAAAAACGAUCCGCUGGACAAGAACAUUCAACUCGACGAGCACCUAAAGACCGCCACUCCGAUUAUCGAUUUUGAUGCGGAACUUCUCGCGGCGCCCGCCGAAAUUCAACAAAUUUUGAGAGAAAUUUCCGAAAAAAUCGAUAAAGUGACAACAUCUCAAUCGCCAGGAUUUUUAGCCGAAUAUCUUGCCACGUGUUGCAAUGAAGUUGUUAAACAUCGCGAAACUCUUGCCACUGCCGGUCUUGGAGACGAUUUUAAUUGAUUUUUUGUUGUUUUUUUAUGCGAAUUUUUUGAACACUUUAAUACAAUUUUCUAGCAAUCGAUUUUUACACUUGGUUUUAUUGAUUUUUCUGAUUUUUACGGCGAAUAAAAUAAAUAUUGUUUUUGACAAAACAGAAUGAUCG